AAUCAUCCAGUCAGUCAACAACCAACACCCACCAAAUCUCUCCGGAACAGAGCCCCCCACCAUUGACACCCAGCCGAAAAGAAACCAGCCGAGACUCAAACAUCAACCGAUUUAACACAUCUCUCUUGCUAGUUGAUGUCUGCCGCUGCUGCUGCUAAGCCCAGUCUUGCCGGUGUCCGGAAUAAACAACGAAAAGGCGUCGCCAAAGCCGCUGCUAAAUUCGAGCCCGAAGAAUUUCGUGAUCAAAUCCUUAAACAUCUCUCGACUUUACCACCCAACGAUCUUGAUGCAGUAGCUGCCAAACUCGACACCCUCGGAAACCAAUUAGAUUAUCGUAAAUAUGAAGGCCCCUUGUUUGAGGUCCUCCUCGUCGGUGGCAUCCUUGCUCCCGGUGGAAGCUUUGUCGAUGAUGGUGCAGAAAGAAGCCCGUUUAGUAUAUUGACAAGCACUCAAUACCCGAUCGACCAAGCUGAUAUGAAGAAACAUGUCGAUGUCUUUAAUAAGCUCAUCAGAAGAUACAAGUACUUGCAAAAGAUCUUCGAAGAGAACGCUCUUACCGGUUUACUUCAGUACAUCAACAAGUUUGAAGGUCCUGACCUCGAGAAACUAGCCUACUCUCUGGCCCUGUUCAUCUCUACCGGUUUGACGAGCUCGAACGUCCUUCUGACCUUGCAGAAGGAGCACUUAGUUAAAGAUGGUGUAUCUUUAAACUUCAUCACCAAAGUUUUUACAGCCUAUCUUCAGGUUGAAUCAGCAGACCAUCUCUCGGGAGCUCUUCGUCGAGGUGGAGUGGUAGACAUGUACGGCUUCUUCCCGCCUCACAAACGGGAGCCAUCCGACUUGGAGGCGCACUUCAAGGCAGCCAAGUUAGACCCGAUCGUCGCGUAUGCUCACAAGCAACGAAGCGGCCAAGUAAGAGAUGAGACCUUAGUCAGGCUCAGAGAGAUGGUUGCCUCGGAGGAACCCCAGAACGAGAUCAUCAGCUUCUUACAAGAACAAUCCCAGAGCGGCUUGAUUCCUGAUGUCGACUUCAUCGCCCUGGUAUGGCACGGUCUCAUGGACAGACUCGACAUGGGCAGUCGGCCAGACCAGAUUGUCGACAUGGUCGUCAGAGCAGUCGUCUCUGUGGCUCCCGUGUUGGCUGCGUUUUGCAAGAACGCACGAACUCAAAUCUCGAUGAUCAACACUAUUCAGGUUUGGGCUUACGAGAACACGAAGGUGAUGGGAGCGUUUGCGAAGAUCAUCAAGGAGCUCUAUGCGCACGACGCACUGAGUGAACAGGCGAUCUUGUACUGGCACAGCAAGGGUAGCAAAGCCCAGGCCCGCCAACACUUCCUCAAGUCCACCGAGCCCCUGGUGAAGUUCUUGAAAGAACAAGACGAGGACGAGGAUGAUGAGGAGUAACGAUGGACGGGAUCUGUUGAUGCGACUUGUAUUACUCUUCUUCCAUUUCGUCCAGUCUGUCUUAUAACCCCAGGCCCCUGGAGAAAAGGAAAACUCUCUUUCUCUUCCUCUCGGUCGUCUUGAAUCCUCUUCUCAGCUUUCACCCUUGUCCUUCACAAUUCAGUCCAUGGCUCGUCUGGAGACGUUCUUUUCUCUGCCCCUGUCGCAAGCUUGUCUGGACUGUCUAUCUCUUGGAAGGCUCCUUCGAUCUGAUAGUUGUUGUGUUGUUUUUUUGGGGGAAAGGUCAUGAGCUGAAGUUGUUGGUCCAGAAGAGUUUCUUCUCAUCAUGAAUCUUCAUGUCCUUGAUCAGGAGGAUGAGCAACUUCAUGUAGUCUACUGUGAAAGCUUUUAUCUUGGUCUGGUUGGGCAAUCAACAAAUGAUUAUCAAGAAACACCCAGACCAUCCCUUUCUUUUUUUUUCUGCUACUCAAGAUUUAUUUGUGUAAUGAUUUUUCUUUGCACACAACAUAUAAGCCACUUGGGAUUUUGAUUUAGUAUGCACUUCAGAUGUUGAAUUUCAAAAGUCAUCAUUUCAUUUGGAGUCACUGACUUUUGUAGUAUGUGGUGCAAAUUGAUCAAGUGACCUGAACUUGAAGGAAUGGAGAAUGUGGAC